AUCCAGAGCGCGCGGAGCCAGUUGGCGUUUCCGCCUGCGAUGUCAUGCUGGCACACUGCUGCGCCGUCGCUGCUCCUCCGGGAGGAUGCUGCCGUCAAGGCCAGCGCGGGAGCAAGGAUCGCCGCCUUCGACCUGAACGACACGCUGGUGACGAGCAAGGCAGGUGCGCCCGGCUACCUCCUGACGCUGGCGGACUGGCAGUUCUACAACGACGGGGUCGCCGCGAAGCUGCGGGCGCUGCACGGGCAGGGCUUCAAGCUCGUGGUCUUCACGAACCAGGGGAACAUCUCGGGGGCAACGUGA